AUGGCAGACCUCAACCUCAACGAAAUCCACGACUUCAUGAUCACCAUUGCCAAAGAAGCAGGAGAACGCAUCGUCGCCGCCAAACCAACAACAUCCGAGUCGGGUUCAAAGAAGAAUUCCGUCGACCUCGUAACCGAAACCGACCGCGCAGUCGAAUCCCUCAUCUCGUCCUCCCUCCGCACCACCUACCCAGCCUUCUCCUUCAUGGGCGAAGAAACCUACAAGCCCGGUGACGUCCUAACUGCCAACCCCACCUUCAUCUGCGACCCCAUCGACGGCACCACGAACUUCGUGCAUCGCUACCCUUACGUCUGCAUCUCGUUGGGGCUUGCUGUGAACCGUGAGCCCGUCGUCGGCGUUGUAUAUAAUCCUUUUACGCAAACGCUUUAUUCGGCGAUAAAGGGGCAGGGCGCGUAUUUGAAUCGCACGACGAAACUGCCGUUGGGAGGUGAGCCAUCAAGGCUGGAGGGAUUGGAUAAGUGUCUUGUGGCUGUGGAGUGGGGGAGUGAUCGGAGUGGGAAUGAUUUCAAGGUGAAGAGUGAGACGUUUAAGCGGUUGGCGGCGACCAAGGAGGCGGGGGGUGGGAUGGUGCAUGGGUUGCGGUCGUUUGGGUCUGCGGCGCUGAAUCUGUGUGGUGUGGCUAGUGGGGGGCUUGAUGUGUACUGGGAGGCUGGGUGCUGGGCGUGGGAUGUUUGUGCUGGAUGGGUUAUUUUGAAAGAGGCUGGGGGCAUUAUGGUGGAUGCUAAUCCGGGGAAUUGGGAGCCGAAGGUUGAGGGGCAGAGGUAUUUGGCCGUUAGAGGCGGCGAGGGACAAAGGGAGAUUGUGGAGCAGUUUUGGAGUUUGGUUGAUGGGGCGUUUGAGGUUGGAUUGUAG